UAAGGCUGUUGUUGUUUAACAGAAGCAUGAAAAAAUGAGUACCGCUUGUGAGGUGGUUUUGUAAGUGGCGUCAAGUCUUCUCUCACGUACUGAAAGAUGACGAGCCAAAUUUAUUCCACGAGUUUCAUCUGUCCUGCUUACAAAUGUGAAGUGCAAACUCAAAGUUUUGAAGGUGCUAAUAGUCAUGCUCAGGGAUCCGAUACUAUAAAUGAAUGCUCAGAUGCAAGUCAUACUUUGAAUAUAUAUCCUAAGGAAAUUCAAAAGAUGUUUUGCAACAUGUUCACUACUCCUAAGUUUAUUGAAUGGUUGCGACAUGAGUGGUUGUACUCAAGUAUAGACAGGGAAAUAUUUUUGAGGUUUAAUGACUUUCAGCUAUUACUGAAAGAACGUUUCCCCACCUUAAAGAUACGAAGAUUAACUCGAGCUCAGUGGUCUACCAUUCGACGCAUUAUAGGGAGGCCACGUCGGUUCAGUGUCACAUUUCUUUCUGAAGAACGGCAUACUCUGCAAGAAAAACGUAAAAAUAUCCAAUACAUACAGCAUCUUAUUUCUAAAAGUUCUCUCGGCCCAAUGGCAUCAGAACAUUUAGACAAUCUCCUAGCAUGCUUACCACCAACAAUUCGCAUUCCUCUUCGAUUGCCGGUUGGCACUAAAGUGUGUGUUAAUUUUUGCACUCCGAUACAGAGCUUGUAUCUUGGAUUCAUCCAAGAUCCCUGCUCAGGAGAUGGUCAUUAUGGUGUUUGGAUUGAAGAGUUAAUCCUCUCAAAUGACUACUUAGAAAUGAAAUCUUCUAGCUGUUAUGGGCUCCGAAUUGUUCCAGAGGAAGAUGUAUUCCCCUUACCAAAUCAACCAGUUUCAGCUUCUGUAACGCUUUCGGAGAUACGUUAUCAUUUCAAGGAAAACAUGAUGAGCAGUAAUGUUAGUUUUUAUCCCUCUGUAUUUAGUACGAAUACCGAAAAUCCAAGCAGCUGGGUAGGCGACUUGGCUAAUAACCGUUUGGACUACGUUGAUCAAUCUUCAUCUGCUUGUGGACCUCUGUUAAGUGAAGGUAUACGUGCCACAGAAUGUCAUCUGCAAGUGAACAAUUCACAAAUUUCGACCGGAGAUAUCUUAAUCUCACAACCUAAAUAUAAUAGUCCUCCGGUAGUAUCAUCGUACGCAGAACAAUCAAUGUUUUCACAGUGCAAUAACCAUCAGAGUCAUACGCAGUUUCUCAUUAACAUAAUUAAAUUUUACAAGAUUUUGGAGCGCAAGCAUUCAUCUGUUAAAACACUAAAACAACUGAAUGAUACUGCUGAAGUAAAGCUUGCAGAAAAUCGAGAUAACAUUACCUUACAAUUUCAGCAUAUCUAUGCCAAUUUAGUUCUAUAUUUAAAUCAACUUAAUCGAGAACUGAAACACCAUAUGGAUCAAGUACUUUUACAUAUAUCUACUUUAGCAACAACCGGUCCAUUUAUCUCAUCUAACUUUGGUGAAAUAUAUGAAUCUAUGUCUGAAAAUGGUUUUAAUUCAGAUAUUGGGUACUCAAGUAGUACAGCUGAUGUGGUGGGUACAACAAAUGGUAUGCUCGUUGAAACCUUUGAAUCGUGGGAUUCUGAAAAAAAUGCCUGUCCAACUGCUCACCUUGAAUUUUACCAACAGCCAUACCCCUUAACUUAUUCUAAUCUUCAGGAUGGAAGCGUUUUUUUCGAAUAUGAGGUAGCACAAGAACAUAACAUGAUGGGACUAACUGACAUCACUGACUGGAGGCGUCGUGUUGAUGAUGAGGCUCAAGAAAUAGUCUGUAGAAUGAAAGCCACUCAGGCACAUAGGGCAAUCAAUGAAGGCAAACUAGAUCUUGUAACUAAACUUAUUUCCAUGCUCAUACAUCUGAGCAGUCUGUCUGAUCCUCGUUAUGCAAAUCAGAUCCCAGCUAUCAUUAAUGAUAAGAUCAAUGAGAUUAAGCAGUAUAUUCAUCCGAAUAAUGUAAACUGCAUCGAGGCUACAAUUGAAAAUGUCAUUGGACAAAUUCUCAAUUCUGCCAAACUCAAUCUGUUCUCGGAUGCAGAGAUAACCUAAGACUUAAAGUUAUCAAUUUCCAGGCAAUAUUUAACAUACAUUUUUGUUUCUCUUUUAAAUAGCUUUGUUAAAUUUGUUUGCAUUUAUUUUUCCUUAGGUUGUACUUCUUUAAUUUUUGCAUUUUGUUUUUUUCUUCGAGUGAAUACAAAAUAGCGGUUAAAUUUACUCAAUAAGAUAUCUGUUGCUCCAGAUUAUUCAGCACAAACAGUAUUUGUAAAUCAAAUAGGCAAAUAAUAUUUACUGUCCGACUAAUAUAUUGACCUAAAACUACACAAAUUAACACGAGUUAUUAAAAUUUGUAGUCAAAACAUGAUGCAUUCUCGUUAGCUUUUCCCACAUAUAUGAGCAAGGAAAAUCUUGAAUAGUUUCUUAUAUUGUCUGCAUAACUGAGU